UAUCUCCAUUAUAUAUGUCACUACCGCUCUCCUUGCUCUUCAAAUUCUCUUCAUAUUUUCUCAUCAAAUCAUAAUAUUAUUAUCCUCCAAUGGCUUUCGAGGAUCCUCGCAGCACUAGCCUCACUCUCAGUUUGUUUUCUCAUCUCGAACCGCCUCAGAAACAAUAUUCUCAGCUCGAUCAGCUCACGAAUCUCAGUCUAGCCUUGUCUUCCGAUGCAAGUAAAGUGCAUGCAGUGUUCAAACCCGAUAUGAUUCUGAAUCGCCAGGCCUCUUCGAUCAGCGUUGUAUCAUCUGGUUCUUCGGGCGUGAAGAGAACUAGAGAUGUGAGCUGGGAAGAAGUGAGAAUUAAAAAAGUUAGUCAAAUGAAACGGAACGUAUCAAGUAUGUCUCACUCGGAAGAAGGGGAUGAUCAGGAGAUAGAGGAAGAAGGCGGUGUGAGAAAGAAACUUAGACUUAGUAAACAACAGGCUCUUGUUCUGGAAGACAACUUCAGAGAACACAUCACUCUUAAUCCUAAGCAAAAGCAGGCGUUGGCUGAACAGCUCAAUCUGAGUGCACGACAAGUGGAAGUAUGGUUUCAGAACAGAAGAGCCAGGACUAAGCUGAAACAAACUGAGGUAGACUGUGAGCUGCUCAAGAAGUUCUGCGAAACAUUAACAGACGAAAAUCGAAAGCUUCAGAGGGAGGUGCAAGAGCUCAAGGCGCUGAAGCGAGCAGCACCGCCGUAUUAUAAGGCCCAACUGCCAGCCGCGACGCUUAGGAUAUGCCCUUCCUGUGAGAAAUUAAGAGAUCAGCCUGCAAUCAGGCAUCAUCAAGCUUCUUCGAAGCCUCAAUUUUCGAUAAACAGCACCAAGAAACAAUUUUAUGGCCUCCUCAGUAAUCAUUCUUCUGCAGCUUGCUAGCGGUGACCUUAAUCUGUUCUUUUUCGUUUAAGAAGUUCCUGAAUAUGUUAAUUUUCAUAGCUAGAACAGAUAUAUUGAAACUUGUAUGUACUUAUAAAUCCAAUUAAAAUAAAUCCUUCAUUCGAUCUCGAAUGGUUAAACUGAA